UCACCAAUUAAUUCCACCAGCCUUUAGAGUGAAAGAGAAGGAGAGAAACACAAAAUGGUGAAGUUCGAGAGGGUUCCUUUACUGUUAGGAUGGUUUCUUGUUUUAGCUCUGGUCGGAGCCAAAGCCAGUGAACCUGUCUGUCGUCAAGCUGAAAAGUUUAGCAGAGCUAGUUUUCCUGAAGGUUUCCUUUGGGGAACCGCAACCGCAGCGUUUCAGGUUGAAGGAGCUGUUGAUGAAGGCUGCAGAGGUCCAAGCAUGUGGGACACUUUCACUAAGAAAUACCCACAUAGAUGCCAAAAUCAUAAUGCUGAUGUAGCUGUUGAUUUCUACCAUCGUUACAAGGAAGAUAUCAAGUUGAUGAGAGACCUGAACACUGAUGCUUUUAGACUUUCUAUUGCGUGGCCUAGAAUUUUUCCUCAUGGAAGAAUGUCUAAGGGGAUAAGCAAACAAGGAGUCCAAUUCUACCACGACCUGAUCGAUGAGCUUCUUAAAAACAAGAUAACUCCACUAGUCACAGUCUUCCACUGGGAUACUCCUCAAGACUUAGAAGAUGAAUACGGUGGUUUCUUGAGUGGUAACAUUGUGAAGGAUUUUACGGAAUAUGCAAACUUUACUUUCCAUGAAUAUGGAGACAAAGUAAAGAACUGGAUCACAUUCAAUGAGCCAUGGGUGUUUAGUCGUGCCGGUUACGACGUCGGGAAGAAAGCUCCGGGACGUUGUUCACCUUACAUACAAGAAUAUGGAAAGCACUGUGAAGAUGGACGGUCAGGCUUCGAAGCUUAUCAAGUCAGUCACAACUUACUCUUAGCUCAUGCUCAUUCCGUUCAAGCCUUCAGAGCAUGCAAACAGUGUGCUGGAGGUAAAAUUGGAAUUGCACACAGUCCAGCUUGGUUCGAACCAGCCGACCUGGACAGUGUUGGAGCACCCAUUGAACGUGUGCUUGAUUUCAUCCUUGGAUGGCAUUUGCAUCCAACAACCUAUGGAGACUAUCCACAGUCGAUGAAGGAUCGUGUUGGCCAUAGAUUGCCAAAGUUCACUGAAGCUGAAAAGAGAAUCCUAAAAAACUCUGCAGAUUUUGUCGGAAUGAAUUAUUAUACAUCAGUGUUUGCAGGUAUCAUGCACGAAGGUAGCUCCAAGAACCCUAGUUGGGCGACAGACUCUCUUGUUCAUUGGGAGAGUAAGACUGUGGAUGGUUACAAGAUUGGUAGCAAGCCUGCAGGUGGUAAACUGGAUGUGUAUUCAAGAGGAAUGAGGAAACUUUUGAAGUAUAUCAAGGAUAACUAUGGAGACCCAGAGAUUAUGAUUACUGAGAAUGGUAAGAGAAAACGUUCAGAACUCAAUAUUAUAUCACGUUUCCACCUUGAUAAAACUCAAGUUUUUUUCUUUAAAGGAUAUGGAGAGGAUCUUGGAGACCAUCACAAUGACGUUGCAACUGGAACAAAUGAUCAUAACAGGAAAUAUUAUCUCCAGAGGCAUCUCUUGAGUUUGCAUGAAGCCAUAUGCGACGACAAGGUGAACGUUACUGGAUACUACGUGUGGUCUUUGAUGGACAACUUUGAGUGGCAAGAUGGUUACAAAGCUAGGUUCGGGCUUUACUAUAUCGAUUUCCAAAACAAUUUGACCCGUCACCAGAAAGUUUCGGGCAAAUGGUAUGCUGAUUUCCUUAAGCCUGGAUUUCCAACUUCCAAGAUACUUAGGGAAGAACUCUAAGAAUCAAGAAUCCGAAUCUUGAAUCCUCUGAAGAAAAGGUUAACGUAUUGGAAGAGUCUUGUUAUUGAGGAUCACUAUCUGUUCUGUGUUUGUAUGGAUCAUGUUUAUCGUUUUUAUCUAUGGUUUCCUUCAUGUUAGUCAUCGUUUAAAUAAAAUGUUGUUAACGUCAACAAAAUAAUAUGGUGUUGCCUUCUUUUUAGUUCGUGUUAUGAUACAUACUUAAAUCUGCAGGAAUGUU